AUGAACCUGGAGAAGGCGUUCAUUUCGGUUGUGAAAGCCAUAACUACCAAAGGAUAUGAGUCCGCGGAAGACGAUGUAAUCUAUGUGCAUGAACCAGCUGACGUCGAAUUGACUGACUAUGCCCAAGAAUUAGCGUUCCUGCCGGAUUUAUCAGACCAUUCACCAACAGAGCUUGACUUUUCGGCAGCGAAUGUGGUGAAUUCUGCCCUAUCAGCCGACGACCAGGCCAAGUUAGUGGAUGUUUUGAAAACUCACAGGAACAUAAUGAUCGCCAGCGGAAAUGCCUUACCACCGCCAGCAUACGGAGUAGUGUGUGACAUAAAUGUGGAAGAUCACGCACCCAUCAAGCAGCGAGCUCGUCGGAUUCCAAUCCGAUAUCUCCAGAAGCUCUAUGAGCUGCUAAAAGGGUUGCUGAAAGCAAACCUUGUGUCAUUUUCCGACAGCCAGUGGGCUUCGCCGAUUGUGAAGAAGAAUGGGGAAGACAUUCGAUUAUGCAUUGACUAUAAGAUGGUCAAAGCAGUCACAGCCAUAAUGGAGUAUGCUAUGCCGUUGGUUGACGAUUUGCUUACAGACUUGGGUUCCUAUUUGUGGUUCUGCUCACUUGACGCAGCUAGUGGAUUCUGGGCCAUAAUGAUGACUCACGAAGCUCGCAAGAUAUCAGCAUUUAUUUGUCCACUGGGGCACUUCGAAUGGCUUAGAAUGCCAUUCGGGUUAAACAAUGCACCGAUGAUCUACCAACGCAUGAUAGAUAACGCGCUGUGGGAUUUUUGCAGCCAAAGGGUGGAUGGCGAUUUUUCGCAGAAAAGAUGA